CCAGCGGAUUUAGCAAUUUAGCCCAGCCGACAGUUUUUGGCGAGAGCCGCCGUCAGAUGUUGCGAAUCGGGUGCAUGAAGAUUCAAGAUGGUUGGUCGUAGUAGAAAAAACGAUGUGAAAAGCAGGCUUGGUAAACGGAACCUUACAACAGCUAAACCUAAAACUGGGCGAAUUCGUGAUGCCAGGGACGUAUUGAAACAGAAGGGUUCGACCAAGGUAGAAAUUAGUGUGAAUAUAUCUUGUUUUGCGCUGGUAAACUAAUGCUGGCAAUGUUGCCAAUGUAAAACGCUUUUGUACGCUGGCAAUGUAAAACGUUGUUAUAUCGUUAUAAACAACAAUGAAGUGCUUUGUAGUUUCAUAUAGUAUACAGUUGGGUAGCUCUGCAAAACAGCGGAAAGGUUAAUAUACUACAAUGUGAAUUUGUGAACGUCUGUUUACGAACUUUACCGUUAUUUGCGCAGAUAAAAACACAGUCUUAACACGUGAUACUUUAUAAAUGUUAAUACUAGCAUUUGAAGGUUUUGAGCUCAACCAAUCAGCAUGGGUAAAAGUAAUGAGAUAAAACUUUGUCAAAUGCUUUUCAUCAACAUUGAAGUUUCACAUGAAAAGAGACAAUCAUUAAUUUGCAAGUUGCAACUGUUGGUCAAUGAUCAUUAGAUGUCUGUCAGGAAGAGGGGGCUAUACCUCUGUAAACAAACCAACUACCCCCUGCCCCAUAGACUCUGAUAUUCAAAGAACUUGCUCACGCUGUGUCACAUAAUAAUGGAACCUUAAUUUUAAUUUUUUUUUAGGAAAUUUGAUUGACUGUAUCUAGUUUUUAUUUAAAUGUAGGGACGAAUCAGUAAACCAUCAAAUGUGCGAUCAGCCUCGGGGAGACCGAGACAAGCAACUACCCAGAACACAAAAGCACGAGUUCGCAGGCUGAUGCCUUUGAAAGAGCUGCUAGGAAAAGAAAAGACUGUAAAACACACAGCCAGCUCGCCAAAGGGCAACAUUCGUACAUUAUCCUUAACAAGUGGUUCACUCCGAGUCACAACAAAACAACCUGAACUUUGUAGGAAAGCAAUUGUUUCAUCUCGCUCAUUAAAGAUUGUGACGCCAUCAAACAGCAUUAGCAAAACACAAGACACAGCUGAAUCUGCAACAACCCCAAAGAGGACAUUGAGAAAUGAUUUAUAUACGUCAAGGUUAUCAUCGUAUGUUGUUGAGGAAGAUUUGAGAACAUCAAGUCCUAAUUUAUCAUUUACGUCGUUAACAGAGGAACGUCCGUCGUUGGUUAGUAGGAGGCCUGCAACGAGACCUGCUCUACAGAAUAACGUUAGUGUCUUUGACAAUUGUACUUAUUGGUUACUAGACCACGAGCAGUUUCUCCGAAGAAACGAGGGACUGCCAACAAUAUAUAAUUCCCAUUGGUCGAAAUCGAUGUGCCUGUCAAUCAAAUCUGAUAUAUAGUAAUUAUGUUAUAAAUAAUUUCCAUAUUGAAUGUUGAUUUUAUAAAUGAACAUGACAUUAAUGAUUCCUAUUGGAUAGAUUUAAUAAUUAAUUGGAUAUAAGUAAUGUUUAUGCAAAGGCGGAGCCAACUUGACAAGAGUGAAAAGUGGGCGUAUUUCGUUUCUUGAUGUGUUGUCGGUGGUCCCUCCGUUCCCCUCGCACGCCUAGGAAGCUAAACCAGUGGAAAGGAUGGGCCGCUCGCACUUAUUUUGAGGUUGUGUUUAAAAUUACAUUAAUUUGUUUAAAAUUUUAUUUGUUGUAUAAUAUAUACUCUACCGUCUUUCCAGGAACAGAAAAAGUUAACAAAGAUUGUUGUAACCAAUCUUCAUCCUCGUGUCAUUCAAGCUGACAUUGCAGUAAGAUCAUACAACCUUCUAGUAAUGGUCUCAAUGCUAAACAACUCCUUGUUACUAUUUUGGCUUGUAUAAUAACUGUUUUGUUCUCAAUACAGGAGUUGUUUGGUGCAGUUGGUUCAUUAGUGAGUGUGAAAUUGGAGAAUUCUGUUGCAGAAGUGGUGUUUGUGAAAGUAGCAGAUGCUGACAGUGCCUAUCACAAGUAUCAUAACCGCAUGUUGGAUGGUAAGUUGGUUUGAGGUGUACACCCCCCAGCACCCACCUACCUCCCUGCUGAUUAUCCUUAGCACCAUAUAUCCCUCCCUCCUAUGUGUGAACAAACCCUAAUUUCAGAAUCUUCAUUUCCAGGUCAACCAAUGAAGUGCACUCUGGGAUUGGCAAACCCCGAUGUGGAGAGGACUCAAGAGGGCACAAGGUGUGAUUUAGGGAUAAUAUAUCCACUGUGAUCCUUCUACCUAGCUCAUGUUCCAGAUUGACCCUGGGUCAGCUGCUCAGAUUCCUGUCCUCCAUUCUUUUUCUCCCAGUCACAAUCAGUAACAGCUUCUCUUCUGCCCAGUCAUCCUGUUUCACAUUAUCUACUGCAGUUGAAGUACUGUUUAUAACAGUUGCAAGGCUACAAUUUCUAAUCAGUGUUUUAUUUUCUUACAGUGUCAACUAUUCGGGAGCCGAGCUCGUCUACCCGCCGACGUCAUCCAGACCAGUGGUAUUUCAAGUACGAAUAUAAACCAUCCUACUUCGUGGAACUUGUUUAUAUUUUAUUACCUAUGAAGAUAUUGACUUUUUUAUCACAGCUGACAACUUAGGUUCAGUUGUAGCAAGCUAUGAUCAAAAGGAACUAAGUAAAGCUGUACUCAACAGCUUGGAAAGCUCCAAACUUCCAAAAUGGUCGCACUAUAUUCAAUAAAUAUGUUUUGUUUCUCCCAUUGGCAUUCAAUAAAUAGUUACUUACCAGCACAUUUAUGUGCCAUUUAUAUUUACCAGCACAUUUAUAUUGCUCACUGCUUAGCUGUCCACCCUUGGACAGCUAAGCAGUGAGCAAUAUAACAUUUUCUGCAUGAAUUGUUGGGGAUGUUAAAUUAGUAAUGAAAAAAAUGAUUUGCAACUUUUGUAUACACUGAAAUGUCGAGGGAAUUGCAAUUUUUUGUCUCCUUCAUUCUGAUAUUUUAAAAAAUCGCGUUAAACUCCAC